AUGUCCGAGGAGAAAACUAUCGAUCGUUCCGAAGUAGAAAACUUACUAAAACGAAGAUUUUUUUAUGAUCAAUCAUUUUCAAUUUAUGGUGGUGUCAAUGGUCUAUAUGAUUAUGGCCCAGUUGGUUGCGCCAUAAAAUCAAAUAUUUUAAAUCAAUGGCGCCGGCAUUUUAUUCUCGAAGAACAAAUGCUUGAAAUCGAUUGUUCGAUUUUAACACCUGAAGUUGUUCUCAAAGCAUCUGGUCAUGUGGAUCGAUUUGAUGAUUUUAUGUUGAAAGAUACUCAAACAGGCGAAUGCUUUCGAGCUGAUCAUUUAAUUGAAAAUCAUCUUGAAAAGUUGCUUGAAAUUAAAGAGAUUUCAGAUGAAAAGAAAUCGGAAAUGAAACGAAUAUUGCCACAGAUUGGCAAUAUGAAUGCUGCAGGCUUAGAUCAACUUGUAAAACAAUAUCAUAUAAAAGCACCGAAUACUAAUAAUGAUCUUUCGGAGCCAAUUGCUUUUAAUUUAAUGUUUUCAACUACAAUCGGUGCGACUGGCCAAGUCAAAGGUUAUUUUCGCCCGGAAGCUGCUCAAGGCAUGUUUGUUAAUUUUAAACGGCUAUUGGAAUUUAACCAAGGUCGAUUACCAUUUGCGGCUGCACAAAUCGGUAAUGCAUUUCGAAAUGAAAUCUCACCAAGAUCAGGUUUACUUCGAGUUCGUGAAUUUACAGUGGCAGAAAUCGAACAUUUUGUUGAUCCAAUGGAUAAGACUCAUCCGAAAUAUGAAACUGUAGCUGAUCUUGAGAUUCAACUUUAUUCAGCCAACAAUCAAGCCAACGGUGAAUCGACGCAAUUAGUUCGGCUCGGUGAUGCUGUUCGCUCGAAUGUAAUCAAUAACGAGACACUUGCUUAUUUUAUCGGUCGAAUUUAUUUAUUUUUCACUAAAAUUGGUAUUGAUAAAACUCGAAUUCGUUUUCGGCAGCACAUGAGUAACGAAAUGGCUCAUUACGCUAGCGAUUGUUGGGAUGUUGAAUGUAAAAUAAGUUACGGUUGGAUUGAAUGUGGCGCUUGUGCAGAUCGAUCAUCUUAUGAUUUGAAUCAACAUAUAAGAUUUAGUGGUCAAAGACUGACUGCUACACGACAGUUAUCUACAGCUAAAACAAUUCUAGUUAGCGAGAAAAAAAUAAAUAGUAAAGCAAUUGGUCAAUCAUUUCGAGCAGAUGCCUCAAAAGUGAUGCAAUAUUUACAAAAUUUGUCCGAACAUGACGCUCGAAGUUUACAUGAAAAACUUCAGCAAGCACAUGAGAAAAUCGCCAUCGACGAUAAAGAAUUCAUUGUCACAACAGCAAUGUUUACAGUUGAAACAGCUGAAAAUAUUGUUCAAGUGGAAGAGUUCAUUCCAUGCGUCAUUGAGCCAACAUUUGGCAUUGGUCGUAUCUUGUAUACAAUGUUGGAACAUAACUUUAAAGUGCGAUCACAAGAUGAGCAACGCAAGUAUUUUACAUUACCACCAUCAAUUGCGCCAUAUAAAUGUGCGAUUUUACCAUUGAGUGGUAAUGCAGAAUUUAAACCAUUUACUAAACAAAUAUCUGAUCUUUUAACUCAAGCCGGUAUUUCGUAUAAAGUCGAUACUAGUAGUAGCUGUAUUGGUAAACGUUAUGCACGCUGUGAUGAAAUAGCUAUUCCGUUUGCGGUCACAGUUGAUUUCGAUACGUCACUACAACCGCCUUCCAUCGCAUUUCGUGAAUUGAAUUCUAUGAAGCAAAUUCGUGUUCCAAUUGAUGAAAUUGUAUCUGUGGUUCAACGGUUGUCAACAGAGCAAACAACGUGGACGAAAAUCUCAACAAUGUAUCCGAUGUUUACAGAACAGCAAAAUCGAAAAGUAGAAAAUGAAGAGUAG